AUGGAAAGAGCAAUGAAUGCCAUCUUUCAUGACAUGAUUGGCUGGAAACUUUUUAGGAUUUAUGUUCACCAACGUGGAGUGGAGAUUGAUAAAAAUAAAGCCAAUGCAAUCCUAGAAGUUCAGCCGCCUCUUAACAAAAAAGAAUUACAGAGGUUCCUUGGUCAGGUAAACUAUUUAAGAAGAUUUAUUUCUAAUUUAGUUGGAAAGACCAAAGAAUUUGUCAACCUUUUGAAAUUGAAAAAUGCUACCGAGUUUAUAUGGGAAAAACAACAUGAACAAGCGUUUGAGAAAAUUAAAGAAUAUCUGUCUAUACCUCGUUUGUUAAUGCCUCCUAAGGAAGAGGUUAGAUAUUCCCCCAUAGAAAAACUGCCUCUAGCAUUGUAUUUCUCUUUUGUAAAACUGAGGCAUUAUCCAGUACGGUCAAGAGUUUACAUAAUCUCUCAAACGGAUAUUGUAAACUACAUGCUGAAUAAACCAGUGUUAAGUGGUAGGAUAGGUAAAUGGUUGCUUGCUUUAUGCGAAUUUACAGUAAUUUACUGUCCUCUGAAAUCUGUGAAGGGACAAGCAGUGGUAGAUUUUGUAGCCGAUCACCCCACCACAGAGAUUUUUUCAUCAACUGAGAGAUCGACUGGAGCAGGAAUCAUUAUCAGAUCUCCUACAGGCGCUAAGACGGCUUUAUCUUUUAAGCUGGACUUUAAGUGUACCAACAACCAGGCGGAGUAUGAGGCUCUGGUGAUUGAUUUGGAGAUUUUGCAAUCGCUUAGAGCUAAAAAUGUGAUCGUAAUGGGUGAUUCUCAACUUGUGUUGAAGCAAUUAUCAGGGGAGUAUAAAUACAAUAGUUUAUCUCUAGCACGUUAUUAUACUGCCUCAAUUCAGUUGCUUGGUUGCUUUGAUGAGGUAUCUUUUGUGCAUGUUCCCAGGGAAUCUAACUGGGAAGCUGAUGAACUAGCUCAAACUGCAUCUGGUUUAAAAAUGUCAGGAGCAUUAACCCACAAGUUCUUAGUGGUUGAAAAAAGAUGUCAUCCAUCGAUUCAAGAAAAAGGAAUCCAAAUAGAGGUUCUUGAUAUUGGAGUCACCGCGGUGGUUGAUUGGCGUUAUGACAUUAAAAGAUAUUUGGAGAAUCCUGGAAUAAGAAUGCCGCACAGAGUGAGAGUGCAAGCAACCAAUUAUGUCUUAAUGGAGGAUGAAUUAUACAGGAAAGGAUUUGACGGCAUCUUGCUAAGAUGUCUUUCUCACCCAGAAUCUCUUGAAACAAUGAAGCAGGUCCAUGAAGGAGUAUGUGGAGCGCACCAAGCUGGAACCAAGAUGAGGUGGCUGGUCAGAAGAUAUGGUUAUUUCUGA